GCAUAUAUCCCAGGGUUCCCUCAGAGGGAUCCACCGUCCUGCUACUUUUUUAUCUUCUAGCUGUCUCGCUCUGUCGCUCGCCGGGUCGCCCUGCUGUGAUUAUUUCGACAUAAAACCGACCCACAAAGGCCUUGGCCAUGCCGUCUCGUCGGCACCACCACCUCCUUGCCCUGCUCCAGCUUGUAGGUCUUGCGUAUUUGAACGACGGGGCGUACUAUGGACACAAGCAGCACCCUCAAGCGUACCAGCAGCAGAUGCAGAUGCAACACCUCCAGCACAUGGGCAUGGGCAUGGGCAACGAAGGCUACCUUCAACAGCAGUACCAUGGCAAAGAGGGACCCUACAUGCAGUAUCCACAGUACAGGAAGGAACAUCCCCAAAUGCCCAUGCUUAAAGGCAAUGAAAAGGCUCGCAAAGGGGGUGGCUAUAAUGGUGGGCAAGAGAAAGGUCAGACAAUCCCAAGUGGUGCUGAGGGAAUUCCCCAGGGAGAGCCGGGUCCGGUUGGGCCCCCUGGACCAGAAGGACCCCCUGGUCCUCCUGGGCCUCAAGGAAACGGGCAACCAGGACCCGCAGGGCUGCCAGGACCACCCGGGCUUCUAGGAAAGCCUGGAAUAGGUAAACCAGGGUUGCCAGGACCACAAGGGAGACCAGGAGAAGUCGGUGAGAUUGGGCCACAUGGAGAAAUGGGCCCGAGGGGUGAACCUGGGCCAUCUGGACAACCAGGACGUCAGGGUUUACCGGGACCACCUGGGCUACCUGGAAUAGGUAAAGCGGGAGGGCAAGGAUUGCCAGGGCAACAGGGUCCCAAAGGAGAGCCGGGUCAUAAAGGACUGCCAGGCCUUCCAGGAUUACAAGGACCCAAAGGCGAUAAAGGAAUGGGACAGCCAGGGCAACCCGGUCACAAAGGUCUGCCAGGACCCCAAGGCCCUGCUGGACCAAGAGGGCUACCUGGUUUUGGAAAACCAGGUUUGAAUGGGAUGCCAGGCCCACAAGGACCUGUCGGAGAGAAAGGACAUCCAGGACUAAAGGGACAUCCUGGGCUACCAGGUGAAGGAGGACCCCCUGGGCCGCCAGGUCUUCCUGGCCAAGGAAAACUAGGUCAAAAUGGUCUUCCGGGACAACCAGGCAUGCUGGGUCCGAAAGGUCAUCCAGGUCAACCUGGUUUGCCGGGAAAGCCAGGACUACCUGGCUUUGGUAAACCCGGCCUCCAAGGACCAAAGGGUGAUAAAGGUAUGAAUGGACCACCUGGAAUGCUAGGACCAAAAGGAGAUAAAGGCCAUCCAGGAUUAUCUGGUAUGACUGGACCCCCUGGACUAAAUGGACAACCAGGCCCUCAAGGACCUAAGGGACCAGCAGGAGGUGUAGGCUUACCAGGUCCAAAAGGAGAAUGUGGAGAAGGAGGUCCCAAAGGACUUGAUGGAAGCCAGGGUAAUGCUGGUACACCUGGAUUACCUGGAACCGAUGGUUUGCCUGGAGAACGCGGCGAGCCAGGGCCAAGAGGUACACCAGGACCAAUGGGUGGCAAAGGAGACAACGGUCAUAAAGGCCUACCCGGUAUGCCAGGACCUCCUGGAGUUCCUGGUCCCAAAGGACAUGGUGGAUUACCUGGUGAAAUGGGACCUCAAGGUCAUAAGGGAAUCCCUGGUAUAGAUGGUGUAGCAGGUCCAAUUGGGCCACCUGGUCUUCCAGGGUCAAAAGGAGAUGUAGGUUUUCCUGGACCACCUGGCAUUGCAGGUGAAGGCUUUCCAGGUGUUCCUGGUCCGACUGGACCUAAGGGGAAAGAUGGCUCAGCAGGGCCCCAAGGACAGAGUGGGCCACCUGGCCCUCCUGGACCCCCAGGCGCACCAGGACAGCCUGGUGCGACUCCUGACCUGUCAGGCGUGCUCUCUCAGAUGGGUCCUGGACUGGAUGGUGCUAAGGCUGGUGGCUACGGCAAAAAGGGCAAAUACGCAGGAAAUGGUGCAGAAGUCAUGGGAGCCAGCGGGCUGGAAAUGCCAGCGUUCACCGCUAUAGCAACCACUCCUUUCCCCCCUGUGAACACCCCUGUGGUCUUUGAGAAGCCUUUGUACAACGGCCGACAGAACUACGACCCCCAAACAGGAAUUUUCACUUGUGAAGUGCCUGGCAUUUAUUACUUUGCCUACCACGUGCAUUGCAAAGGAGCCAACUUGUGGGUGGCCUUGAUGAGGAACAAUGAGGCCGUCAUGUAUACCUAUGACGAGUACAAAAAGGGCUACCUGGACCAAGCGUCAGGAAGUGCAGUUCUACCUUUGCAAGCAGGGGACACUGUGUACAUUCAGCUGCCCUCAGACCAGGCUGCAGGACUUUAUGCUGGGGAGUACGUGCACUCGUCCUUUUCUGGCUAUCUGCUGUAUCCCCUGUAGGAGAGGACAUUUUCUUCAAAUGUUUGUCUUUGCUGUGUCACCUGAAUAUGACCAUAAAUUACCAAGGGGACUUUUAAGAGGAAAGUCAACAAUCUGAGGACUGUUUGACCAAUAAUAUGAUUCUUUAUACAGUACAUCUAGAAAGUGUUCAAAAUGCUUCACUUUUUCCACAUUUUGUUAUGUUACAAUCUUAUUCCAAAAGUUAUGUUUAUUAAUGCACUUUUGGCAGCAAUUACAGCUUCAAGUCAUUUUGAAUAUGAAGCCAAAAUUAUACUGUCAUUGUGGGGUAUUUUGUGAAGAAUUUUGAGGACAAACAUUCCAUUUUGGAAUAAGGCUGUAACUUAACAAAAUAGGGAAAAGGUGAAGCAUUGUGAAUACUUUCCGGUUGCAUUAUAAUACACAACAGAACUGCUAAGUCCACGUGCAAUUUUUAGGAUAAUGUUGGAAAGACAGACCUAUUUUGGGGGGUGUUUACACUUUCGUUUGGUUCAAAGGAACUAUGGUUGCUGUGCAUGAAUGGUGUCCGUUUGAGAGGUUGCAAAAACGCCCCAAUCAUGUUCUUAAUGUACGCAUAUGUCCUUAAUGGCACAGCCUUUGGUUCGAAGACAAAAAAUACAAGUGUGAACGCUUAGCGAACCGCACCAAGUACCUUUUAUAUAUAUUUGAUUGGGAUCCCAGUACCGAGCUACAAGUGUGGAUGCAAUUUUAUUGUUGAUGCAAAUGCCAGGAAAGCCAAAUGAGUGCAAUUUGUUUUUAAAUUUUCAAUAGAAAGAUGGGAAGGUACCGUAAAGUGUAUGCAAAGGAAGAUGGAGCCGUGCUGCAAUAAAAGUGUUUAAAAAGAAAAUGAAAAAGUGGCAGCUACCCCAUGUGGCUAAGAAGGUGAAGUGCAGCCAAAAAAACAUGAGAAUUCAAUCAGCAUCACGUGUAAAUAAAAUAUUGUUUUGUUCAGUCAUUGCAUCAAUUCCAGUAUUGUGACACAUUUAUACGCAAAUAUAAACACACACACACACACACACAUAUAUAUAUAUAUAUAUAUAUAUAUAUUUGCCAGGUAGUUACAUAUUUUGCAGAGUAUAAUGUUAAAAUGACUGUUGUUUGUACUUGUGCCAACGGAAAAAUAGCUAAAAAAAAACAUACACAAUUUUGCCCAGAAAUACAUAUUGAAAUAAAUAAAUGCGUCGAAUUACAACGUUGUAUUUUUAAAAUACACACUGCACAAGGUUUUUAUGAAGCAUGUGGUUUAUUCGAUAAGUAAGAGUGACCUGUAAAAAAAAGGAGAGUGGCGCUUGUUGUGAAUAUGAAUGUGUACAAAAGAAUACCUGUUCAGGCAAUUAGGGAAUCCAACAAAAAAAGUAUUUUUAGGCCCUUUUACAGUCUUUUUUUUUUUUUUUACCAAAUAUAUCUGUAUUUUUUUGUAUUUAUGUUACUGUUAUUGCAAAUUUUAAGUUGUCAAGACCGUAAGCAUGGAGAAAUUAACAACAUUUGGCACAGAAAUGCUGAAAUGUUAGCCAAGUGCUUGUUAAACUUUGCAAAAAAAAAAUUCAGUAAUUUAUUAUUUUGGCCAGGCAAUUGCCAACAAUUUUCAUUGUCAUGUAAGGGAAAAAAAACCUUUUAAGGAAAAUAGAAAUGUAUUUCUCCUCUUAACAAGUACGGUGCUGAUAUUGUCAGUGUAAUCUAAGAGUUAAUGUAUUAUUGUUUCAUGUGUAAUGUCUGUGCUGUUUUUUUAAAUAAAAAUGUUGUCAAAACUA